AAAGAAGCAGCACAACGAAGUGAAUUCUUUUUGAGUCUUGAGUUUUUUUACUCCAAUUUUCACAAAAAAUUUCAUAUAAUUUAAGGGAGCUUCAAACAGCAAAUACACAUAUUAUUUAAUAUUUUAUGAACUCUUAAAACAUGCUUUAUUAUUGGCAAAGUUAACAGUUUAGGUCGAAAAAUAUUAAUUUGUUAAGAAAAGGUGAAUGUAAACAUUGCACACUUAACAAUUCAGUUGAUUGUGUGUAGUGUGUGUGCGUGUGAGCCAGCGAGCGAGUGUGUGUAUGAUUGGGGUGUUCUUGUAGCACUACUGGCAAUUGUAGCAGCAGAGAAGUCUCAAUUGUCUUUGGACAGAUUGCAUACACCGAAUUGUGGGAUUUUUGAUAACCCGGAACGUAGAACCGUGGUUAAAUGCAGCAACAACAAAUGGAAUCUACACAAAAAAUUCAAUAUAUUUCAAAAUUAUUUAUAAGCACUGCCGUUGAUGUUAAAGAUGAUUUGGAAGAGCGUUUUGAGCGAGCUUUUAUUAGUUUGCAACAACAGAUCAAUGGCCUCAAUGACAAGGAUAUGCACGAUAAACUCUCCCAGCUAGUUUGUAAAGAAAAACAACAUGAAGAAAUAUCCAUUGGUUUUCUCUACAUCAUGCUAUCCGAUCCAAAUAUGGCACUAAAAAGCUAUCGCGAUCUUACUCUAAUCGCACGUGAUGGUAUGAAUAUGGUAGUGACCAAUAUGACCAUGCUAGUGGCUGAAAAAUACAAUAAACUCACCGAUGUGGCGAGACGCCAACUUAUUUGGGUAUUAAGGGAGCUGGUCAAACAUCAGGUUCUCAGUGUGGAAAAUAUAAUAUGGAAUUGUUUGCGUCAAGCAGGCGGCGGUGAUGUUUCACCGAAAAACUUGUUCUUAGUAGAAAGUCUAUUGGACAUAUUCAUAGAAUAUCGACCAUGGCUGGAGUCACAAUCGUUUCUCAUGCAGACGGUAGUGUAUAGUUAUGUACGUCUCAUAGAGGAUCAUGCUAGUCCGGCACUAACACCGUUGCGGCACAAGGAAGUUAAAUUUGUUAUAGCAUUGAUACGUGAUCGAUUCUUGGAUAUAAUCACAUUGGGACGAGAUUUUGUGCGCUUGUUGCAAAAUGUCGCCCGCAUACCAGAAUUCGAACAGCUAUGGCGCGAUAUCUUACAUAACCCCAAAAGUCUUCAUCCCACAUUCAAUGGUAUUUGGCAUCUGUUGCAAAUACGCACUAGUCGACGUUUCCUUCAAUGUCGUCUAACGCCAGAAGUUGAACGCAAACUAACUUUCCUGGCCUCAUCGGUGAAGUUUGGUAAUCAGAAACGUUAUCAGGAUUGGUUUCAAGAUAAAUACUUCGCAACGCCCGAAUCACAUUCGUUGCGUUCGGAUUUGAUACGUUUCAUUAUCAAUGUCAUACAUCCGUCCAAUGACAUGUUGUGUUCGGAUAUUAUACCCAGAUGGGCGAUUAUCGGUUGGUUGAUAUCAUCAUGUACAAAUACAAUAGCAUCGGCUAAUGCUAAACUGUCAUUGUUUUACGAUUGGCUAUUCUUUGAUCCGAUGAAAGAUAAUAUUAUGAAUAUAGAGCCGGGUAUAUUGGUGAUGUAUCAUUCGAUACGUAAUCAUCCCAGUGUUAGUAGUACAUUAUUGGAUUUUUUGUGCCGCAUCAUGAAGAAUUUUUGCUUGAAACAUGAGGAUAAAAUACGUAUGGGGGUGUACAAUUCGCUGAAUAAGAUUUUAGAGAAACAGGUCAUUCCAAAUAUACAACCUUUAUUUGAAUCGCCGAAAUUAGAUCGAGAAUUACGUUUGUUGAUACGUGAAAAUUUUCGAGAAUUUGUAUCGCCAGUAGCGCCCAGCGGUAAUGUGGGACCACCUAUGUAUCCAGCUUCUUCGGUUAUACAAUCGCCGGUUUUCAAAAAAGAAGCUGAUCAGCGUACAAUGCACCCAGGAGCUAUAAUGUAUACUGGUGGACCUCCCAAUACACAACAGACACAACAGCACGACCUGCUGCACAUGCAAAAUCAUUAUCAACCUCAUAACACCACAACGGCAGAUUUGCUAGAACACGGUGGUGGCAUCAUUGACAGCGGUGGGAUUGGUGGCGGAGGAGGUGGUGGUGGCGGCGGAGGAAUUGGCGCUAGUGUUAUCAGCCUGAUCGAAGAAGAUAAUAAACUGUCUAUCAUACCUCCCGAAAUUAAUGAAAUGGAAACCGAUGCUGCCUUUAGUGAAGACGAAGAGGACGUAAGUAAGGAUAUUAAAAAGGAAGAGAAUACAGAUGAUGACGAUGAUGUUCCUCUAAAGGAAUUGCUAAAACUACAAAAAACCACACCGGAAAAAGUAGAACUUCCCGCCUCAAUAAGCGAUACAUUCGAAACAUUCGUUACAAAGCGUAACUCAUUUACCUGGGAGGCAUUUCUUGAAGAUUUCCGCUCAUUACCCGCUUCAGCUUUAGAUGAUGCACAACUUCAGUAUGUGAUCUCGAAUACGCAUUUAAUACUACGCGAAACUUUGCCACUGCAAAACAUCUUUCCCGAAAGCAAAACAGACGAAAAGAAUCUGGCUAAAAGCAUCAGUUAUCCCAUAUUUGGGCUAUUUCGAUUUCUCUACGAGAAUGAAGACAAAAGUAAGAAGCCAUUUCAAGCCUUACUCACCGAGAUCUGCAAACGUAUACCAGAAACAGGUUACCUGUUACUGUACUUUAUGAAAGUCCACGUCAAACUGCAGACACGCAAAAAUGCCCAACAGGCGGCCCAGUUUAAGACCAACAUCUAUCGUCUUAUAUGCGACGCUACCGACGAAAAUAUCGACGAUUCUCUAACACGAGAUUUGGAUCUAUUGGAAAAGGAAAAUACUGCCAUAUAUUUAUGGCUAUUGCCCGACAUAUAUCGGGAAUUCAAAUCAACGGCAAUCAACAAUAGUGAUUUGUUACGCAUAACACUGCGGUGUAUUGAUGCAAAGAAUUUGCGUGAUCUUAUAUAUUAUGUGGCCCAAGGGAAAUUGACGUUGUUCAAACAAGAUGGUCUUAUUGAAUGUAUACGUGAUAGCUUAGUUUAUGAAACCUAUGAACAAUUAUGUCUAUGGCAAUUGGUACAGGCACACGAUUUGCCUUUAAAAUGUCUGCAAGAUAUUCUUCCAGAAUUAGAAUCUGCCAAUCAUCCCGAAGCAUUGGGCUAUUUAUUACUUUUAUUGAAAAAUGAAGAACCCACUAAUGAACUCAUACGCCUGCUCUUAAGUAGAGAAACGAAAUCACGUGGUGAUCCUUUUGUUACUUCUGCUUUAAGAUUUUGGUGUCAACGUAGCGAAGAAAAAUUAUCAGAAAUUAUUGCAUCGCUAUUAACCUCAAAAUAUCCAAGUUCAUCACCAAAUAAAAGAAAAAGGCCGCUUAAGGGAAGUUCCGCCAUGAAUAGUACACCAUCUGCAGAUCAGGUAUUAAAUCAUUUAGAGCAUUACAGAAGGAGUUGUCGACAUGGAACUGGUACUGGCCUAUAUGUACAUGACACUAUGCAAAGAGCACUGCAAUCCGCCUAUACACACAGUAACGAAAGCACAAAGAAACAAUAUAGUGAUUUAUUUGCUUUGGCGGCGGAAGAUGAAACGACGGCUGUGGGUCGCCGUGGCGGUAGUGGUAGAGGACGGAAACAACCAACAUCGAAAAAAGAUUCAAGUAAUUCAAAUUCAAAUAGUAAGAAAAAUUCAGAUCCAGUUAAAACAAUAUUCUCAUCAGAUGAGGAUUCAAGUGAGGAGGAUUGGUCCCAAAAGAAAAUCUCACAAGCUAAGAAACGUAAAAAAACUAUUAAUGAUUCUGACUGACAGCAGUACCAAUCGUCGUCACCAUAUUAUCUUGAUGAUACCGAUGAUAAUGAUAAUGAACAUUAUGAUAAAGAUUUUUCUUAAUCAAAUUUUCAAAAAAAACAUAAAAACAAAAAAAAAGAUAAAAUCCAAACCACACAAAAAAAAAAUAAAA